AUACCUCGCGUGUCCAACGGCUUCGGACCGUAUGCUCGUUGAAAUAUUUUGAAGGCCUGUUUUUUGGGGAUUAUUAGGUCAAGAAUCUGGACCGGACCAUAUCGGAUUUUCCUACCAUUAGUACCAUGCAAAGCAUUUUAUAUAGCUAAAUCUCACUUUAGCACAGCACGGCGAAUGAAAAGGGGUUUCUAGCUAGCAAGUGAGUUCGGGGCCGGGGAGCCGGCUAACUACUGUACGGAUCCGAACAAUAAUUCCUAAUCAGAUGGAGCUGGAGUCGGGAAGAACUGAAUUUGGAGCCAUGGGAGAGUCGCUUCAACCUCAAACCCCAAGUAGACACGAGAAGAGUCUAGGAUUGCUUACAACCAAAUUUGUAUCUUUGCUGCAAGAGGCCAAGGAUGGAGUUCUAGACCUGAAAGCAGCAGCAGACACCCUAGCUGUAAGACAGAAGCGGCGCAUCUACGACAUCACCAAUGUGCUCGAGGGCAUCGGACUGAUCGAGAAGAAGUCCAAGAACAGUAUUCAGUGGAAGGGUGUUGGUCCUGGCUGUAACACACAGGAGAUAGCCGAUAAGCUCAUUGAUCUGAAGGCAGAGCUGGAUGAUCUGGACAAGAGGGAGCAGGAGUUGGAUCAGCAGAGGGUCUGGGUCCAGCAGAGCAUCAAGAACGUGACAGACGACUCACACAACAGCCCUAUGGCUUAUGUAAAACACGAAGACCUUUGCAGUGCGUUCAAAGGUGACACUCUCCUAGCGAUCCGCGCUCCCACAGGCACACAACUGGAGGUGCCCAUACCUGAGUCGGUACUGAAUGGACAGAAGAAGUAUCAGAUCCGUCUCAAGAGCUCAGCAGGACCCAUUGAGGUUCUCCUAGUGAACAAGGACCCAUCCAGCCCGUCUCCAGUGGUACUGUCCGUCCCACCACCAGAGGACAUGCUCCAGAGCCUGCCAGUGCCUGCUACUGCUGCCAACCCAAAACCGGCACCUGCUGCCCCUUGCCAGCCUCUGGCCCACUCCUCCAACCCCAGUCCUGCCACAGUCUCACCUGCCUGCACAGCUACUACCAACCAGGCAGUCACCACCGCAGUGUCCAGCAACAACACCAGCACACUGACUGUUUCCACACCCACUACAAACAUAACUGCCCAACUGACUCCCCUGUUGGACACCCAGCCUCUCCUGUCCUCUGCCUCAUUGGAUGGCUGCUCUUCCUCUUCUUCAGCAGUCUUUGAACCAAUCAAGACCGACCCCUCAGAAUUGCUGUAUUUCCCCAAAGAACUUUCUGACAUGUUUGACCCGACUAAAGAGAUCAUGAGUGCAGACCUGUUGGAGGAGUUGAUGUCUUCCGAGGUGUUCUCUCCACUCCUCCGUCUGUCUCCCCCUCCGGGUGACCACGACUACAUAUAUAACCUGGACGAAACCGAAGGCCUGUGUGACCUCUUUGAUGUCCCUAUCCUUAACCUUUGACCUCUGAGCUGAGUUCCCAAUAAUGUAUUAUGUAAGGAAAUCUAAAAAAACAUUUUUACCAUUUUCUAUGGAAAAAAAACAAAUGUGUGAUUCUAUUUUUGGAUCCUGGUGUAUUAUAAGAUGAUUUUUCUGUGUAAACAAUUAAGUGUUUUGAUGUCGUACCCAAAUAUUUCCACUAAACAUUGGCAGCAAAUGUUUCAGGGCGUAGUGGCUCUAGGUUAGAUAAAAAGGGGUAUAAAGAAAUAUAGUCCUCACUGAACUGAUGAUCUCUCAGGUGAAAUGCCUCGCAUUCAUGCUGAUUUGUGAUUAACUCUAUUCCCUCCAUCCAUCUUUGUUUGAAAUAUGUAUGUAACAAAUUGGCAACAGCUGUCAUCAUCACACUCUGAUCGUCAUCAACUCAGUGUCAACAGAUUCAGAGACACCCAGGCAGCUGCAUACACUCGGACAGUACGCACAAAUGGGUACAUACACACAGCUGAAAAUUAUGCGCUGUCGUUCUGUAUAUAGAGAAUAUUUAUAUUUUUUAUUAAGAGCCUUUGUGGAGUUGUGUGUAAUACAUUGAGACAGCAGUAGUGAACCAGGGUGCCAAACAAAGACAUGAGAAAGUUGAAGUGUUUCAGAUGUAGCGUGCAUUGGAUCAACUGCUACACGUUUAUCAUUCACUUUGGUCCCCUUGCCUUGUCACUGUUUUAUUUCUCACCCAUUUCAUUCACUUUACAACAUUGUCUGUGGCAUUCUUGUUUUGUCUUGCAAUUAUUAUGUAUAUGAAUAUUAUUUUAUUCAGUCUGUAUGUAAAAGGACAUUUAUUUUUCUUUACAGAUACAGUAAUUAGUUCCUAAUGAAGUAGGUUAGCGCUUUGAGUGCUGGUCUAUAGUCUGUAUAUGUUGCUCUGAUACGUGUUCAAUAGAAAAAGGUCCCCCACAUGCUUUCACCAUGACUAUGGAAACACAAAUGUUGACUUCGUUC